AUGGCUGAUACUUCACAACGGCACCCCAACCUCAAUCUCACGCCGGAGGAAAAGCGAGUAUUUUAUCAGCUUUUUCAGGCUGCUGAUACUACCAACCUCGGCGUUAUUACUGGCGAAAUCGCCGUUCCGUUCUUCGAGAAGACGCACCUCUCUCCGGAUACACUCGGAUUGAUAUGGCAAAUCGCGGAUAAAGAGAACAGGGGUCUCCUGACUCCGUCUGGCUUCGGCAUUGUUCUACGACUCAUUGGACAUGCGCAAGCUGGUCGGGCUCCUUCUGACGAAUUGGCUCUGCAGACUGGUCCUUUGCCCCGCUUUGAUGGAAUCGUUGUCGAUACAACAGCUCCGAUACCCGAAUCUGGUACCAUUAGCCCCCCGCCUGGUGCCGGCGCACCUAUUCGAGUUCCGCCCCUGCAGCCUGAUGAUGCCAACAAGUUCGUCUCGCUGUUUGAGAAGUCUGAUGUCAACAAUGGCGUGAUUUCAGGCGAAAUUGCAAAGCAAAUCUUUGAGCGCGCCAGGCUUCCAAAUGAGGUCCUGGGUCGUAUCUGGUUCUUGUCGGACACCAAGCAGCGCGGCGCUUUGGAUGCUACCGAGUUCACCAUUGCCAUGCAUCUCCUGACUUCAUAUAAAUCCGGGGCCCUGCGCGGUAUCCCUGCGACCCUGCCACCCGGUCUGUACGAAGCCGCAUCUCGAAGAGGAUCUGCUCGUGGGUCUUUCGGUGCACGACCCGAAGUUCCUCCCGUACCUGCCAUUCCAAAACAGUUUACGGGCCCCCAGCGAACAGCAAGCCCUAUGAGCGCAGCCAACCGCCCACCGUUUGGAGGCAUUUCGGCCCAGGCUACCGGAAACGACUGGUUGAUCAGCCCCCAGGAGAAGGCUCACUUCGACACCAUCUUCGAGACCGUCGACACAGGUAAAGUGGGAAAGAUCACUGGUGACCAAGCUGUAGGUUUCUUCAUGAAGGCUCAGCUUCCCGAGGAAACUCUUGCUCAGAUCUGGGACCUUGCGGACAUUGACGCGGAUGGCCAGCUGAGUCGGGAGGAGUUUGCUGUGGCUAUGUAUCUGGUGAGACUGCAGCGUAGCGGCAAGGAGCCGCUUCCACAGGUUGUUCCGCCUGGCCUCAUUCCACCCAACAUGCGCCGCCAGGCACCGGUGCCAGCGCCCAUGGCAGCCCCCACUCCUCCCCCGGCUCCCACGCCUGCAGUACGAUCUGCCGCCGAUGAUUUGUUUGGACUUGAUUCCCCUGUGCAGCCUUUCGCUCAGCCUCAAAUGCCUCAGUCUACUGGAGGCUCCAAUCCGGCGUUCCACACCCCAGGCUCGCCUGGCUCUAGAGCGUCUCCUCAGACCGCUUCAAACACGUUCAAGCCUUUCAUUCCUAGCUCCUCCUUCGGCCAGAGCCUGCAGCCGCAGAUGACUGGUGCAUCUGCAGGUACCCCAACAGUUCGCUCACCUCCACCUCCAUCGGACGACCUCCUUGGCGACAAUGAUCCCGAGGAGUCAAACAAGCUGACCCAGGAAACUACUGAACUCGCGAACUUGUCGAAUCAGAUUGGUUCUCUUGCCAAGGAAAUGCACAACGUACAGGAGAAGCGGACUUCUGCUGAACAGAACAUUACCCAGUCUUCCCAGCAGAAGCGUGACUUCGAGGCACGCCUUGCUCAAGCGCGUUCGAUGUAUGAACAAGAGGUUACUAACUUCAAGGCACUUGAGGAGCGCCUCAAGGCUUCCAAGGCGGAGACCGAGAAGUUGCAGCAGCAAUAUGCACUCAUCGAAGGCAGCCGUCAGGAUUUGCACAACCAAUAUACCAACGUUUCGGCAGCCUUGGCUUCCGACCAGCAGGAGAAUAAUAGCUUGAAGGAGAAGAUCCGCCAGGCUAAUGCCCAGGUUGCACAGCUUAAGCCCGCGCUGGAGAAGGCCCGCUCCGAUGCGCGUCAGCAGAAGGGCCUGGUUGCAAUCAACAAGAAGCAAUUGGCUACCGUUGAAGGCGAACGGGAUAAGAUCCAGGGUGAAAUCAACGAAGUUGGAAGGGAAACUCCCAAGUCUGUUGAGGACGUGACCCCCGACGUGACCCCGGCCGUUAGCGUGCCGGAGGUUGCCAGCCCUGCUGUUUCCACCACAAGCCAGAACACGAACCCUUUCUUCCGACGAACAGAUAGUGCAAGUGAACAGGCACGCUCGCCCACUGUUUCCAACGACCAGCAAAAGGCAUUUGACAGCCUGUUUAGCCAGACAUUCGCACCCUCCGCUGCUGGACCACCGCCCACUUCGUUCCGCUCCGAGUCCCCGCUGGCCACAGCCAAGUCUCCUGUGACUUCUGGUGUGCCGACUCCAUCAGUCUCUCCGCCUCCUGGAGCUUUGCCCGGAUCAUUCCCCGGCGCCUUGUCUGAGCCCCCGCCCCCAACCCAGUCUCGGCAGCUCACCCCGAGCUUCCUUCAGUUCAACGACACCCAGUCUUUGACUUCGUCGACCAUGGUCUCCCCUCCCGGCAGUCGCUUUGGCGGCCCUGAAACUUCCGGAUUUGGUACUCCUUCUCAGGCUACUAGCGACCAGGGGCCUCCAUCUGCGACAGAGUCCAGUGACUACAGUCGUGCACCAACCUCCACCGUUGAAGGAACCCCGGCUCGAUCUCCAUUUGAGGAAGUGCCAGAUGCCUCGAAGUUUCCUGAAGUCCCUGUAGCAUCGACCGAGCGACCCGAGACUGCCACAUCUCCUACAGCCGACGGCCAAGCUCAGGGUAACAAGGAUUUGAGUUUCGAUGAGUUGUUUGGAAGCAAGGCCCACAAGCGGUCUGAGUCUCAGCAGGGAAACGACUUUGAGGAAGCGUUUGCCUCUAUGAAGCAAGGCCCCGGAGCUGAGAAGACGAAUGGAGCCGCUUCAGCUGGCCCAUCUGAAUUCCCCCCAAUUCAGGAGCUUCACCACGACGAUGAUGACGAUGACAGCUCCGACGACGAGGGCCCCCUGGGAUUUGAUGACAACUUCACUCCUGCCGUGCCUAAGAAGGAGCCCCAGCAGGACUCCAUCGACGCCGCGCAGCUGGCUGCCUUCCCUGCCCCGGGAGCCUCUGUCCCAUCUGCCCAGCCCCCAAGCGCCGAGGCUCAGCAGAGCCCCCCUGGCUAUGAAACCCCCAAGGAAGACAACACUCACCUUCCUCCUCAAUUUAAUGGACUCUUGCCCGAGCGUGCUGAUCCUACCGCUUUCCCUGAUGCGCCUCAUUCAGUGGACCACACCACUGGAGCACCAGUUGUCCCCACUGAGUCCGCACACGACGCUCCCGCAGAGACUGUUAUCCCAGCUGGUGGAGCGAAGGUUGGAGGACCGGAUUUUGAAGCAGCUUUCGCCGGAAUGAACCUUGCGCCCGCGACUGAAGCAGACGACGAUGAUGAUGACGAGCCGGAAACCCAAGUCAAGAACACAAACGACUUUGAUUUCUCCUUUGACUCCCCAGCCCAGAAGCAACACACUGGCUCGUCUGACUUCUUCUCCUUUGACAACAACGUACACGCCUCGACCACCCAGCCCGCUGGAUCAACCGCUGGAGGUGACUCCAAGCCCGCUGCGCAUGAGUGGGAUGCGCUCUUUGCACCCCUUGACAACGCCAAGGCGUCAACCGGCGAAGAAGCCAGCGAGGACAAGUCCAAGCAGCCUGGAUGGGCCCUCAACACCGACUCUGGCGAGGAUGACCUGAUCCUCCAGCGACUGACUGGUAUGGGCUUCACACGCGACGAAUCUCUCGAUGCGCUGGAGAAGUUCGAUUACAACCUUGACAAGGCUGCGGACCAUUUGACCUCGAAAACUUGA